CUAACCUAAAACUGUUUAGCCAACAUGUAAACCUUUAGAAGAUAGAAAUAAUGUCAAAGAAACCUAUUAAACUUCCCUAUGAUAUUCCUUGGAUUCUUCAAAGGUGUAGAGCUUUUUUGCUCGGUAGAGAGCACAGGUCAGCCCUAAGGUGGGCCAAAGACUUGGCACCUAAAACUCAACCUCAACCCGAUCUUCCUCUUGGACCUUCCAGUAAAAUACGCUUUAACUACUAUUGCGACCGAGACCCUAGAGGGGAAGUGAUGAGGCCUAGAGUUCUCUAUGAAGCGGAAGUUAGAAAGCGAAUGUUGUCAGAAUGCAAAAGAGCAGAAGCUGCAGGUUUCAUGCUGGAAGGUGUAACAGUUGGGCUUGAAGAAGCAGAAAGAAAGACAGAAGAAGGAAAAGAAAAAAAUGAAAAAGUGAAAGGCUUUGAUGAAACCAAGGAUGAAGGAAUUCCCACUGAGAAUCGAGAAAGGAACUUAGGAAGAGUGAAAGAAAAGGAUAGGAAUGCUGUCAGGAGAGUCCCAGGAAAAGUAUGGCAUUGGGACACAUUGGAUGGUGAUCCUACCAAAAAGUGCUGUGGAAAAUAAAAUGUUGUUACAAUUGUAGCAACUUAUAGGUACCUAAUUGAGCAAUUUAUUAAAAAAAUUAAAAAUAGGUAUAAGCAAAAGAAAAUUAUUUAAAAGACAAUGUUUGUGACUACCGGCACC